CUGGAAAAGACUGUUGUAUCAAAAUGUGUUAAAAGAGUUAGCCUGUCAGCAAAGCUGAGCUAGCCUAAAAUAGCAUCAAGUGCUAAACAUGUAGCAGCUGAUGCUAAUCCUUCAUCCAUCACUUCAGUGCUGAAGAAGAAAUUGGUCCGUUUGAUUUGGGUGUUGAAGAAAAGCUGCAGGCUGGAGCUCUUCUGCUCUAGACUGAGACUCAGCUGUUCUAGAUUAUUAUUCACAUUUCCAACGGUUUUACAAGAGCCACUAACUGAACCCGUCCUUUAUCCUGGAAAAGCUCAUGUUGGCAGAAAGCCUUCUUUUGUCCAAACACUUUUCAUUCAAAUGAGAAGAUACUGGGAGACGGUGAAGGCGCUAUCGGGUCCAGAUGUUAACAGUCUCCCACCUAAAAAAGGAGCAUUUGCAUACAAAGUGGACCAAGUCACUUCCUAUAAAACCAGGACUGGGGCUGAGCUUCACCAGUCUGCUGGUGGAUUCCCAGUUGCUCUGCAGAAACUGGUCCAAAUCUCCAAACCUCCACGAAAAAGAAUCACCCAGAACUGAAGAUCCCGGUCAGAGCAGGUUUUAUACUUUAGCAGAAAGACUUUUUGAAGUGAAUCCUGAGCGUUCCAGUCUGUCCUCAGUCAUGGCGCCGUCCGGCCCGGUUCUGCUGCUGCUGCUGUCUUCAUUCCUGACCUGCAGCCUGAGCGGCCCGCCGCGCUCCGACCUGCAGGAAAACCGCGCUCUGCAGAAGAGAGGAAAGACAGCAGAUAACGUAAAGGCUGCAGCUAAAGAUCUUCUGGAGAUUGUAAAUGCAGUUAAACCUUUUAUUGGUCUCAUUCCAGACGCUGGGUCGUAUUUAACUUCUAUCAUAGAUUUUGCAAAUGUCAUUGCUGGUAAAAAUCCAGAACAAGAGCUUCUAGAUUAUCUCAAGUUAAAAUUUGAUGAUCUAAAUGUAAAGAUUGAUAAAAACCAGAAGGAAAUAGUGUUUAACAUUUGGAAAAGUACUGAGUAUGCAGAGCUGGAGAAGAAAAUAACUAUAGCAUGGGACAAACUCAGGGAGCUGCUGAAGGGCUGUGGAGAGCCUUGCUUUGAAAAUCUGAAGAAAGAUGGCAAAGACAAAAUAAUAGAAAAUGACUUUAAAAAGGCUGGAAAGUAUGUGGAUGAACUGCAUUAUAAUAUAGUAGGUAAAGGUGCUUACAAAGCUAACUAUGAAGAGCUCCUGAAAGACCAUGUGAGAUGUGAUGAACGGCGACUUAAAAUAUUCUCGGCUGUUAACGCGUUGCUGGUUCACAAAGCCAUCACCAUGACCAACUUCUACAACCUCUUCAUGAACAUUAAAACAGACGAAGACGCUCUGGCUAAUAAAGCACGUGACAUUUCUGCAGCUAUGUUUGAGAUCCACAAGAACUGCACUUCAGAACCUGAUCCGUAUGUUAAACUGGACAUUCUGGACCUGAUCAAAGAGUCAGAGAAGCGUAAGGAUCUGGCAAAGAACAUCAGGGAGUAUUUAGAUAAAACAUUUUACCACUAUAACUGGAUGGUGGUUGCUUUUAAAACUAAAAGUUCAAACCAUAAAAGCGUUAUUACUAAAUGGCUGGACAGACACAUUUUGACCGGAUUUACUCCAGUAGAAAAAGGGAAAACUAGUGUGGCUUUUGCCAAGCAAGCGAAAGGGAGCCACAGGAAAACAGCUCAGGUGGUAGACGCCAUUAAGAAAUGCUACAACAAUCCUGUGCCCUGCGAUCAAGUCAGAGCAAAGUUAGAGAGCUGUGCUAACGUGAAGGGCACAUAUUCAGCCAUUCAUGCUUUCAUUCAUAAAGAGCAUGGCAGCGUUCAUGCUUUAGAGGCAGAAGAAGCUCCAACUGAAGAAGAGUUUGAUCCUGAGGAGCAGCAGCCCAUCCCGUACCUUUACACUGGGAACUGCACCAUGAGUGUGUUUGGCAAAGGAGAAGUUCUCCCUCUUAAACAUUUCAGGGUUCUGAUUAAAAGUGAUGAAGAGUGGAUGAAUGAGUCUCCCUGUAAAGGAGUCGACUGUGGAGGUAAAGAAAGAGGAAAAUGUGUUGAGGUGAAGAACGCCCGCAUUGGCCUGUGUGAGUGUGAGAAGAAAUACUAUGGAGAGAACUGUGAGAAAACCAUGGAGGACUACAAGAGAAAGGUGUUUGUUAAAGAAAUCCAAAAAUCCCCAGAGAGCAUGGGCUGAAGGAACCCAGGAGGUUUCUGCUCUCAUAUUUUAUCUUUUCUGUUCAUAACCUGAAGUUCACAUGUUUUAACCUGAACUGUUUCAUGUGUUUCAGUGAUUUUGACACAUUUGCUUUGUGAAAACUCCAUAAUUAUGACAAAUUUUCAUUUUAGCCACAAAACAUGACAGAAGGAAUCAGAUUCUCUUUUUUUUCUUGCUUCCAUUUUGUUUUGCUCUUCACAUGAAAACAUGUUUCAUCUUUUAACUGUUCAGACGUUUGGAGGAAAUGUGGCUGUUGAUUAAAAACUGGUUUCAUGUUGAAAUGAUUUCAGGUUUCCAAACAUCAUGUGUGAACCGUUGUUCAGACUUUCUGUGAAAUGAUCUCAUGUUUCUUUAAAAUGAUCAUUUGCUUCUUUUGGUUUGAGCUUCUGUUGCAACUUUAAAGGAAAAAAACUGAUAGAACUUCAACUUUUAGAGUUAUUAUGUGUUUGUUGUUUUC